CGGAUUUUCACUCAUUCUACUUUGCCAUUCAACUAUCGACAAGAAUCUGAUAUAAAUUAACAACAAGGACUCUUUUCCAAUUAACUUCGCCCCCUUUUCGAAAACGAAAAAAUGUCUUCGGGCAUGGCGUCCCGCUUGAAGCAUCCGAAAAAACACGAUUUGGUGAAAUCGCACAGUCAGGCCCAGCUGUUGGCAAGUAGAUUGAGACAAGAAGGGGUUAUGGUUACAGUGGAUUCUGUACUGCAAGCUGUCGACCAAGUGGCUACUCUUCUGGCCUCGAAUCAAACACAAGUCAAUUAUAACGAAACCAUAACUAACUUGUGUCAACAUCUAAAGGUUUAUGGAGCGUAUUUGGAAAUCCUCUACAAAGAACAACUCGACCAUGCCUUUAAAGUGUUCCGGGACAAAGCCCAAGACAACGUCCAAGUCGACAUCAAAUCACGACUGCAUCUACUCGAACUAAUCGAACUGCGCGCCAAAGGCUGGAAAGGAACCGACGGCAUGAGCUCAUACUACAAAAAGAAAAUGAACCAGUGCUCUCAACAAAUGGAUUUAAUGAUCACUAGUGAUUCAAUUUCGAAUUUAAGCGACUCAAUUUCCUCAGUUUUAACAAUGAAUUCUCAAACUCUGGCUCCAGGCGAGGUCCUGAAACCCUCUGGCAAGUUUAUGAAACCCACCCGGAUACCCGGCAAAAAAUAUUGCAAAGACGAAGUGGUAAUUCGAAAUGCUGAUUCCGGUAAAGUUAUGGGAAUCAAAGGAAGGCGCGUUCAUAUGAUAGAAGAAUUGAGCGAAACUAUCAUAUCGUUCCAGAGAGUUAGUCCAGGCGCCAAGGAACGAUUAGUCCAAAUCACCGGUGCGAACGAGGAGAGUAUCAAUCACGCCAAACAACUAAUCGAAGACACGAUCCGACGUAACGCUUCGCCAGUACGCGAAGGGGGUUCUGCUAUUGGUGGACCCUUGACAGGCUCGAGCUCAAGCAUUAACUCAUCGGUGUCAGACGAAAGCCCGGUGCCGUUGCGCAUGCGCGACUCUCGAGCUUUGAAGCACAGCAUGAGCACACCGGACGCCAAUCUGAACGAGUACACAUACACCGUCAACAUAAACGGGCACAACGUCAAAAUUAUCGGAGAUAAUUUGGAUUUAGUUCGAACCAGUAAGUUGGUACUUGACGAGUACUUUUCGGGCGAGCCAAUGCACGACAUGGCUCAGUUUUACAGUUUUGACAGUUUACCUCAGCCCAUUUCGCAAAAUGACAUUGAGGCAGCUCAUUCGCCUACUGUCAGCUCGUCGCCGGUGCUCAAUGGACAGCCAGCGCCUUCUGAAAGUCCCAAACUCGAAACAGAUAAGGGAGCGGCGAAACUGCGCAAGCCUCGUAUUAGCGCCGAGGACCUGUGCAAACCGCUAAAUUCGCCGAAAACGCCCACUACUGCGACUGCGUCCCAUUUUGACUUCAAAGCGAACAGUCCAGCGAAAAUUUUGAAUUAUUCAAUCGAAGUUUUGGCUCAGCUGGCAAUGUCGCCGCUUUGCCUGACUGAACCUGAGGAGUGGAUGCAAAUUUUGCAAGAAUAUCCGAUGCUUGUUAGAAAGACUGUUCAAGGAUUUGAUGCCAAACAAUAUUUGUCGAUUCGUACCGAAGAGCCGAGUGGCCUUAUUAACGCCGAAGACAUUUCAGACGAUUAACGAACGAAUUUAUUUUUUUUUUCUUCAUUUUUGACUCAUUUAUUAAUACAAUAAAGAAACUAUAUGUAUGUAAGAUACCAAAAAAAAAUAAUAUAAGAAAAAAUAUUAUUUUGAUCUCUAAAAAAGUAGAUCCGAAUCUUGUUUAGUUCACUAUUGACUACGUUUAUUUGACGUGUUGUAUCUGGAUACAAAGUUAUUAGUAGGGUUGAAUAAUCCUGAAAUAAACACCCAGGAUCGGAAUACUUAAUCCAAUCCUCCAAAUUUAUAGGAUUGGACUGAAAAUGGCUUAAGAAAGGAUUAGCACUAAUCUUAAUCCAUUUACUAGUUGUGAAAUAAAAGAAUGAUUAAUAAUCUUUAAUCCACUUAGUAUCCGGAUAAAAACGUAGUCAAUUAUUGUUUAUCACAGUGAUAUAAUUAACACUAUUAUUAUUAUUAUUUAGUUAUUAAUGACUGACAUAAAAAAAAAGUAACCAUAAUUUAGUUAUUUAUUUGUUUAGAACAAAAAAUAUUUUUUUAUUAUUACUGCAGAUACUACAUUAGAUCUGACAACUAAUUAUUAACUAUAUACAUAUAUAGGUAUAUAAUGUUUCUCUAGUUACACAAACUUUGAAAGUCGUUUUUUUUUUUUAAGUUUUUCUAUUUUGUGUAUAGGGAUUUUUUUUUUGUUUUUUUUUUUUAGAUGUUUUUGAUGUCGGCCACGUUGCCGUCCGUUUCUAUUUUGUCAAAAUGGCGUUGUACAAAAGAGCAAUAAAGUUUUUC